AUUUCUGCACACAUCAACGUGACAAAGCAAGUUUGUAAAAACAUAUACUAAAAACAUUUAUUUCCUAUGCGAAACUCAUUUUUCAUUUAAAAGGAAUUUUCAUUUUAAGAAAGCGCGGAUUGAAUGAAUGAAAUGCAAGAAAAAAUACAAUUCAAUAACUGAGCAGGACAACUAUACAGAUAUUAUUUGCAAAAAAGUGGCUAAUAACACGAUGUAACAAAGAUUUUUAAAGUAAGAAUAACGCCAUGGAUAAACCAUUGAAGUACCAACAUAGUAAUAUUUAUAACAAUCUACUUCCAUAUUCAAAAGAUUUAGAGAAAGAAGCAUUACAAAAUUUCUCUGAAAUAAAAUACAACUUGGGCAGAGCUGUUUUGUUUGUUGAAUUUUCUCCUGGAGUACUUGUCUGGUGUAAUAGGCUUGAAUCCUAUAUUCGAUUUUAUGGAUUUAAAUUUUCAAAAACUGAUCAUGUUCUUUUAAUCAAAUUGAUUUAUCAACUUCUUAUUAUUCCUGAUCUUGAACCACAAUAUGUCAAAGGAUUUACAAAUAUUUUGUGUAAACUAUUAAAAAAAGAAAAACUACUUGCAAGAAAUGACUUGGAAUUAGAAUGGAGACCACUUUACAAGUUAAUCCAAGCUGCACGAUGCAAUAAAUUAACACAAAUCGGACUUAAGAAGUAUCCUUGCAAAUAUUUAGAAUCACUUGUUCAACUGGUAAAGAUAGCUAGAAGUUAUUUCUCAGUUGAAUCUACUGUGGAAAUGUUGCUAGAAUGGCGUCCUCUUAUGUGUGUGUUUGAUGCUACUAAAAGAGAUGCUGCAUUUUAUUUCUCCUGCUUUCUUCCAACUUGGCUGCCUUAUGAACAUCAUAAUAAAGGAUUCAGAUUAUGGUUUACAGAGUUCUUAGAGUAUUGGUUUCAUUGUACCCAUAAUCAUGCUAAUGUUGCAGAGAGUUAUAUGAAUUUAUUUGCAAGGUUGACUCAAUCAAAUGUUGGUUUUAUUGAUUGGAAUCCAUAUUUGCCCAAGAUAUUCAAUCAGUUUUUAAGUGGUUUAAAUCUUCCCGUUACUGGGGCUGCGCAUCAUAAAUCUUCUCGUCAGGAUGUUUUGCUUAUUGCAGUAUAUACAAAAUGGUUUGUCUAUAUGAUAGGUGGUCAAUGUAAAGUGUUGGAAUUUUUAGAAAACUUAUUUGUAACUUUAGAAUCUUUUUACCAUCCAUCAAAUCAUGGAGGCUUCUCUCAUGUACUUCUUGUAUUAGUCCAUACUCUAGCUCAACAUUUUGUUCAAAGACUGCACAUUGAACGGUAUGCUAAGCCUAACUGGCAAAAUCAAAUUCGUGAUGAAUUCAAAAUAACUGAUAAGGAUAUUGAGCGGUUUGUGUUAAUGCUUAAGGAUAUAUGUUUACUAUCUAUGUACAGUAAGUCUGGGAGUGGAAGUGCUGCUGUAACUUUGCAAAACUUAGCUUUACUUCGUGCUGAUAUUGUUUUGCCUAGUGUUAUUGAUCGGACAGUUGAAGCAUUAGAAACAAUAGUUGAGCCUCAUCAAGUAACAGCAGCAUUACAAUGUUUAACUUCAGUAUCUAGGACACUUGUUAGUGGUGGUGAUCACUUUCCAGCAGCUCCAACUCAUAUUUUGACGUUGUUAUAUGCUGUUUUACCUGGAAUUGAUCCAAACGAUUUUCAUAAAACCAUGGCUUCUUUCUCAUUUAUAUCAUCAAUUUUAGGGCAGAUACCAUUAGUUAAUUGCAUGAGUGCUUUAAAUGCUGGUAUCGAAAUGACAGAAAUUGAGAGAGAAUUGUGUUUAAUGUCUGGACAGUUGGAGGAUUAUUUACUUCAACUCAUUGAUAGGUGUUUUUUCUUGGUUGAAAAUUUAUCAACUGAGCAAAUUUCAGAACAGGAUAAUAAACUUAUGGAGAAUAUGAAUGUUCAAGAAGGAAUGCUUGGAAUAGGACUUUCAUCAACAGUUCAAGUUGUAUUCACUCAAUCGUCCCCAACUAUUUUUAAAGCGUUAUUAGACUGUUUAUUUACAUUUGUGACAAAUCAUGUGCUUGAAGUAAAUGUUGCCGGAAAAAUAGUUUCAGAUAUGUGUCGUGCAGCUGCAAAAGCUUAUCCUACUAUAACUUUGAAGAAAUUUUUUACCCAUAUUAGUUCUGUUAUUGUUGAUUUAUCAACAGCCGAAGGUGUGAAGAACGAGGAAAAUGUUGACCCUAAACUCCUUUGGUACCUUGAAGUACUAUCUGAGAUUUACUGCGAUGGAAUGGAGUUACUACCUUAUAGAGAAAUGUUGAAUAAAGUCCUCAGCUUAACAUUACACAUGAAAUGUAAAAAGGUGUACAGCAGAGCAGGAAAAUUGCUGAAACACGUUCUUUGCUCCUGCAGCAAUACAUAUGCUGUAGAAUUUAGAAGUUUAAAUAUUCCAUUUGACCGAGACCCUGUAGAACACUUUUACAUCCGAGACUGGGGAAAAUGUGGUCAUGUAAAUGAACUAAAAAUGAAUUGGCACACUCCAAGUGUUGAUGAACAAAUGUUCGUAAAUGAGCUGUUAAAGCAACAUUUAUUACCCGAGUUAGAAAUGGUUGAAUCCUAUAUCUCUGGGAAACAUAUGACAAGAGAUGAAUUACAUAGAAGAAUCCAAAUUAUAGCUGUAUGUAUAUCUGGUUGUGCUGCCCUACUUCCUAUGUGGAAUGAUAUACUUGUUGAGGUUACUGGCCCAUCAUCAAUGGUUUCUAGGCAGCGUUUGCCAUUAUUGCUCAAUCAGUCCGACCUACCAAUAAUUGAAAUGUGUGUGUCACGCAAACUAAUAAUUGAUCUUAUGCAUCGGCUAUAUGAGUUUAUUUUGGCUCAAAAUGAGGAUGACACCAAAUCAUUUAGGAUUGUUGCUAGAAUUUAUGAAUAUCUUAAUAGUCACUUUGGUGUUAAUUUGCAUGAGUUCAAUCAAAGAAUGAAAAAUGCUGGUCUUGUGAAAGCUGCUUUAGCAGAUAAACUUCAUGGAUGCAAAUAUCAUUUACGUGCUAUUCUUGUUGAACAUAUUCAACUUCACCACGAAAUGAGAGUUUUAUAUCGAGUCUCUUCCUUAUACACAUUAACAGAUCAAAUUAUUGUUCACGAUCUUGUAAAAAUGAGCACAAGUGCUUACACAGAGGUUCGUAUUGAUGCACAAAAAAUACUUUCGCAACAGUUGAACAUAUUUGAUUAUAGCGCCAGAUCAAUUUUGCCAUUACUACUUGGGAAUUUAAAAGAAGAUCCAAGUAUCUCUCAUGAAAAGUUAAAAGGAACAUUGUAUUUAUUUUUAAACAGUAACUUACUCAAUUUAAUAACACAUUAUUUUGAGGUUUUGGAUUAUUCAUGGCCUGUUUUUGUUCAAGCCAAUCAUUCCGAAAAGCUAUCUAUUGUUACAUUAAUUCAAAACUUAUGUUCUAAAAUAUCAUUAAAAUAUGAUACACUUGGUAUUAAAAGACAGAUGACAGAAAACUGUGAAAAGGCUGCAUAUGAUAUUUUAAAAUCAGAUAAACCAACUCCAUCAUUAUUAAAUAAUGAACAAAAGGAGAGUGAAAAUCCUGUUCCAAUAGAGUCGCUUAUAAUGAUUGCAAAAAGUAAAGUUGAAGAAUCAAAUCAACAACGACUUAAGUUUUAUUACAGUCUUCAUGAUCAGUUGGUUGACUUAUGUAAUUCAAAAAGUUUGCAUUGGCGAGGUGUUGAAUACUGCAUAAAGUUUUUGCUUCUUCUAAGAUUUGAAAGUGUGGAAAUUCCAAUUAAAACAGCAAGUCUGUUUGUUAAUUUACUUGUCAGUGAUUCGCUUGUUAUAAGACAAGAUGCUUUGAGAGGAGUUAAUUCUAUUUUACAUCAACAAAAGCCUAAAUUUGAAAAGGUUGUGUUAGACUAUAAAAAGUAUGGAUUUUCUUCAAGUCCAAGUGAAUUAUUAAAUUUACAACCUGGAGAUAAUCGACUGGAUAAUGAGUGGUUACAGUUUAAAUGGAUAUUUGAACCCAAAAGUCAAGAAGACCUGGAAAAAUAUCAUUACGUUGAUAAAACACACUGGAGUUUCCAAACAUGGCCUGUAGAACUUAAGAUAUAUUCACCUACUUGUUUAGUUGAAAGGACUUAUAAUGAAUCUAAUCCAUAUCAUAUGUUAUUUAAAAAAUUUUUUUCUGAUGAAGAAUUAACUAAUAGUUUUUUUAAGUUUGUGUCAUUGGAAGUAAAAAAAGGAGAAGAUUCGUUUUACGUGCACCAUUUUCAACAUUUUAAGUUGUUAUGCCAGAACUUUGGAUCUACUUUGCUUGUGGAAUUUAAAAAAAGGAUUGAGGAAUUUCUAAGCGAAAAUAUUGAGAGCAAACACAGGUGUGCUGCUGAGAUGAUCUCUGGAAUUAUUCGAGGUUGUAGAAAUUGGAAGUAUGAUGACCUUGAAUCAUUUUGGAGUUUUGUUUGUCUUCAAUUAAAAGCUGUUUUCUCAACAAAUAUUAUGCCAGAACUUCUAACAGAUUGGUCAACAGCACUUGCUCAUUCAACGGAGUCUCGUGAUCCAAAUCGUUUACAUCAUUUGUUUCGAAUGUUACUCGAAAAUCCUAUUAGUUCUGUUGGUGGUUCAUUUGGGGAUUCUAGUCGUUUAUUCAUUCUUAUACGCACUAUUGCACAGCAAGAAUGGAGAAUGGCAGAUGUAUAUCAUGAUCUCUUAGAGUAUUUAAAACCUCAUUUUAGCCACUACUUUAAAAAUGUUCGAGAUAGAAUUGGAAGUGUACUAUCUCACUUGUUUAUGUAUGACUUAAAAUAUGGUGGUUACACUAAAACCAAGUCACCACAUAUUGAUCAGUUCAUUGAUUUUGUUUUACCUGAAUUAGUUCAUCUGAAAUUAGAAAUAUUAAACGAGUCGAGUGUUUCUAAUAAAGAUCAUGUUGUCAUAGAUAAUAGUAAAACAAACCAUUCUAACCAUGAAAUUCCAAUCAGAAGUGAAGAGAGUAAGAGCAGGGAUAGAGUCGCUAAAACUGUUCUUGGUUUUUUAUUUAAUACUGCUUUUAUGAUGCAGCCAAUGAAUAAAGAAAUUUUCAAGCUGAUACCAGUGUUGAUGGUACUUGAAGCUCGUGAAGAUGACCAGGAAAUGGUUCAGUUGUGUAAAAAGGCAUUCUCUACUCUUGCUACAAAACAACUUGAUAAUGAUGUCAUUGAGGUGGCUAUCCCGCUUCUUAAAGAAGUUUGUUCAUUAAAAUCUUGGAAUGCUCGAAAAGCCGGACUAAACUACUUUAAGAUCAUGAUUUUUCAUAACUUUUUUACUUUCAACAAUGACGUAAUUAAAAAAGAAGUAAAAGACCUGGUUUUAGAACGUCUUAAAGAUGAACAGCUUGAAGUCAGAGAUGAAGCUGCAACUUUACUUAGUGGUUUAAUUCAUUAUGGUUACUUUACUGUUACUAAGGAGCUUUGCACAGUUUUUUCGGAAAUGGCUAGAACAAAGGUAAAAAAGUUAAGAUAUGGUGUUAUACUUGAAGAUCCUCAUUUCAACACAUCCUUUUUUCACAUUAAACAUGGUGGGGUUCUUGGUUUAUCAGCUUGUGUAUUAGCUUAUCCAUAUGAAGUUCCUAUUUGGAUGCCAGAGGUAUUGCUUGAUUUAGGAAAUUACAUUCACAGCUAUCCACAGAUUCAGGCUACUGUCAAAAAGGCAUUGUCAGAAUUCCGUCGAACCCAUCACGAUAGUUGGCAUAUUCACAGACAAAAGUUUACCGAAGAUCAACUAACUCAAAUGAAUGACUUACUUGCAUCACCAAGCUAUUAUGCAUAGAUAACUUUUUUAAUAUUUA